AAAAAAAAAAAAAAAAGAACAGUUAACACUGAAUAACUUGCUCUUCUGACCUUUUCACCUUAAGGAAGAUUAAUGGUGGUAUAGAUUAGAGCAUAUCCCCUGAUGAGGGUCUCAAUGUUCAGGGAUUCAGAAAGACAGAGAAAGUCAUUUCACCUCUAGGUCACCAGCACAGACCUGUGGUGUCUCACUAGUGACCACUAGAUGAUUGCUCAGUAGUUUAUGUGCAAGAGUUGGUGGUCAUAAUCCAUUUUCCAAUGGACAGGUCCCUGCAUCAUGAAAGCUGUCACCAUGUGCUUAUCCAAGCAGCAAGAAAUGGGAAUUAACAUGAACUGCCUGAAUUGCAUUUCCCUUGCACUACUAAAAUCUCAGAGCCUCUGUAACACGUAUUUCAAUGAAUCAGUCCCUCUCCAUGAAGGGUUGAAGCCGUGCUGGUGCCAUGCUGUGAGCGGUGGCACCUCAGUGUUCCCUUCUGGAGGGCUGCAGCCUCUGCUCCCACCUCUGGAUCACACAAGUCCCAUCCAGGCACACUCACUUGCAUUUAGGACAUCCUUAAAUGACAUGUCCCCAUUCAUGUAGCCAUUUCCCAAGAUUAGUUCUUGGUGUGGUCAAGCUUGUGUGCAUCAUACCUACUGUACUUGUAUUUUAAAUGGAAGACCUGAAGUUAGGACUCCUCAGUUGAUAAAACUGAGCACAGACCUGGUGGGCAGAUUUUGGCAUUAAAGURACUGUUUGUGACUUCUCGUGUCAGAAAUUAUAAUGUCACCAAUGAUAAAGCCCAAUUCGGGGGUCUGCCCAACAGAUGUGAGCUAAAACCACAAUGUGCCAAACAAAGGCAGGGCAGGGCUGGCUGAUGGGUGCUGAAGGUCUGAGCGUGUCCUUCACCAGAGACAUCUGCAUGCACAGCAAGCCAGGCAUUGGGAAAAGCUGGAAUGUGUGCAGAAAUAUGAGAACAGUUGCUCACAGCUGAGGUGUUGAGGCUGAGUAUAUAACACGGUGACAUGAUACAGAGAGAAAAAAUUGGAGCACUGGGAUCUAGGAGCCUACUGCUUUUGGCUGACCAAGUUAAGAGGAUAUAGAAACAUCAGAAUUUAGGGGGACAUCUAAGAUGAGAAUAUGCAUUCUAAAAAUAUUGUAAAAACCUGAAGGAUGAGGAAUCUAGACUUACGUAGUUAUUAAGGAGAAAAUGCAGUGUCCAUUGCAAGGCCCACAAAAACUCCUUCCUGUUCCCUUUUUUUUUUCUCCCAGGGUUAGUUCUGUACAGUACUUUCCUAGUGGUGGACUGAGCAACUGAUCACAAGUAGAACUGAAUUAAUAAAGGCAAAUGCUUAAGUGUAAAGGCUAASAGGAGAGAGGAAAAGGACAAGUAAAGAUCAUCAGUUCUGCGAAAAUCAGAUAUCUCAGAGGCUGCUGCGUGACUUGAAAAGUACUGACCUCUAUGUAGCUUAUAAGCUUGAAAAUCCUCUCCUAUGUAUUUGCAGCAUUAAUUCCUCUUGUUAUCUGAGGUGAUCUACUUUAAUCAGAUUCCUACAAACAAGUCAAGUACUUACAGCAGGAGAUCUUUGACACCCGUACAGGCAGCGCCAGUGRAGAGGACAAAGACCGAACCAGCAGGGAAAGCAGAUAAAUCACCUCAUCUCGGCAAAAAGUGUUUUAGGAUUAUUGGCAUCAGAGUUUCCCCCCUCUAGACUCUUACCUGUAUGCUCUAUGGUAUUUGACAUGCUGAUUGCACAAAAGAUACCUCAAAAUCAUCCCAUUUCAAAUAAACAGCAAUUCUGAAGCCUCCUCUCUCACAGUGCCAUCUCUGUGCUACCUUGCUUCUUCACACAGGCCCCAAACUUAGGUCUGGAUCAAAAUUUGAUCCUGCUUUUGUGCCUUAAGUGCAGCUUCUACUUCCUAUUUUUUAAGUUGCUAGUCCCGUGGUCUCUGAGUCCAAAUAAUGAUGGUCCUUGUUUUAAAUUUAAUCUCAUUUUCACACAGCACUUAAGCCAGAGGAGGCAAUGCCAUCUGAUACCCUCCAAAGACCUUUCAUCCCCACAGAGCACAUGUGUUGCAUGUGGCAAAAGGAGCUUGAUGGCUGUGUGAGGACACUCUAGAGACAUGUAAGGUGACAGUUCAGCUUGCCUUAUUCUUUAKACUUAUCCACCAGAGAAAUCCUAAGUAUUUUGUGCCUGGUUACCCAAGAGUAGAUUUUACUGCAUAUGGCAUGAGACCCAGUAUGCAACUGAAGCAAGAGGGCCACCACUACCUAAACCCAGAAACCAUAGGACAAGCAUUUAUUAAAGUGCUUGUUUGCCCAAAAAUUGUUAUGUUUAUAGCAGGAUCCAAUAGUCAAAAUAAUCUUAAAAUCUUCUAAAGGAAAAAAUUGGGAGUGAAAARCCCCUAUCUAUAAACCAUUGUGCUUUAUCAGGGGAAUAAAGACCUCACUGACCAAUUGGCUUGGAAAAUUAAUAAAUUGAGGACAAAUGUAAUUAAAGAUUAGCAUCUAAAUAAACUAUUGUUGUCACAGUCUGCUUUGGACAUAUCGCUCCUUUGUUGACAUUUUUAAUGCUUUCUGUGGAUUACCAGUACACAACCAGUAUAUGAAAGCUUGUUAAGCCUCCACGUGCUCAACCUGGCCAUGGCUUUAAUACUGGCUUAGUGCAAUCCCUGCUGCUGGCACAAACUCUGCAGGGCUUGAACCUUGUGGUGCUGGGCAUUGUGUUUCUACCUAAUCAUCAUAUGGACUUACUCAAGUGUGUUUUACAGGCUUAAGCCAAAUUUGUGAAUGCCCAAUUAUCUAUAUGUAACUUUUUGAAGAGAAGCCAACCAGACUGGUGGUUUUUUYCUUUCUUUUUUUCAGAAUCCUGCCAUAUCUUUCUGUUACUAGUGGGGGAUGCUUUCAGCCUGAUUUUUAGGUCUGGCUGGUAUUUCCUUUCCCAAUCAGCAGAGAAGCCUGUGCACUCAUCUUUUCAAACUGUACAAUUCUUGCAUCUCUGUCUCCUGGUUCCCUGUAGUGAAUUUAAAGUUCAAAAUGUUUUUCAAAUGCCUUGAUCUUAUUCUCAUCCCAGAAAAAUCUGUUACAGCAGCUUCUAGACAGAUGCAAAUUCAAAUGUCACUAUUGAAAAUUUUUCAGUAAUUCACAGGCAUUUAAGCCAUGCAUUGCUACUAGAAUUUUGAACUAAUGUUGCUGCCUGCUACGARUGUGAGUUGUAGUUACUGAUAAUGGAUCUGUCUCUCUAUUCCUUUCAUUCASGGAAAAAUAACUGAAUAUUUUGAGAAUAUAUAGGAGUGAGUAUGAAAAACUCACUUUGUAGUUUGCUUUUUUGGUUCAGUUAUUUACAGUUGCAAUUCUGUGGCCCUAAAAGGAAACAAAGCAAUUUUCCUUCCACAAAAAAAGUGCUGCUGGCAUCACAUCAUGCAGAAGUGGUUUAGAGUAGAUGCCUGCAGUAUGCAUGUGCAGUUUUAUCCCAUCUUAUUUUUAAAUGGUUAUCUGCGCAUCCCUCUGGUUCGCAAUCCUAUUCCAAAAAUACCUGGGGUUUAUCCUUAUCAUAUUGCCCAGCUAACAGUAAGAAAUAGGCUCAAGUGGCUCAGUACAGAUUAGAUUUGCCUCUUAUGCAACAAGGUACAAGAUCCAGGGAGAAGGCAGAGACCUGCCUUGGGAAGAGCUCUGUCCUCUGCGGGCCAGGGAAUCCCUUGGCAAUGCCCCUUGCACAUGCUGAGAGCACCAGUUCACAUUCCUCCAACUUCACAAGCAGAAUGCUGCACUGAAAAGGGAUUCAUUUGUUCACAGRGGCCAGGAUAAAUAAUGUCCAGAGGUUUCUGAAACUUAUCUUAAAUAACUCAAAGUUAAUUGCAGUUUUUGUAACACUUUUUUUUUUUUUUAAUUACUUUAAAGUUUUCCAGCUCUGCAUACCUGGUGACCAGGACAAGCAUCUAUACUAGUUUCUUCCAGCUUUUAAAGCCUCCUGCAUAACCGCCUCUGCCCCAUUCAGCGCUGAAUGGACGGUGCGCUGAUCUUUUUCUCGAAAGGCAGAUGGGAGCAGAAAAUGUUGCAAUGAAGAAUAUGGAAUGAGAUGAGAUCACAGCAUCAGUCUGUCCUUUGUAGAUCUGGACAAUGAUCACAGAGCCAGAUUGGAUUAGUGAAACCUAUUUACCAGAAGUUCAGAGCGGUUGCAUGAAGCUGAAAGGCAGUCAGUAGGGAGAGGUGGAAAAUGCACCAGAUUUACAGCUGCAGCGAUGAAAAUUUAGAAGUUUUCACCACUGUGAUUUCAUCCAAAUCAUGUAGUCCUGCCCGAAGACGAGCCAAACAGCACAUCCUAGCAAAGAGUGUCGUGGCCAUCUCRGAGCGCCGGCCCCACCAGGGUGACCUUCUGCAUGUGCUGUACGAGGCCAGGGGCGAGGAGGAGGCGCGGGGCGUGGGCUGCCUGCAGGGCGGGCAGAGGGGACCCUGCCCCACCAAGGGCACUGCCCAGCACGUGGGAAUUACUGAACGAGAGUCGCCCAAGUCCUAUAAUCACCUGUUGGAUGGAAAAUCUUUGAUUCCUCCAUCUCCAGUUGCCCAUAUCACAGUGAAAGCUGUGGCUGUCACGGGUUCGCCCACACGCGACCGCACUUCCACGGAAGACCACAGGCAGUGCUGGAGGAAGACAACAGAGUAUGACCUGGCCCUGCCACCAGGAGCAGAGGCUUCCCUGCCACUGACAGGAGGCAGCCUGUGCGGGACACCCAGCCUCCUGAGGAAGAUGUGGAUGAAGCACAAGAAGAAGUCAGAGUACCUGGGGGCCACAAACAGUGCCUUUGAGGCGGACUGAUAAGGCUCAGCGUCACUUGGAAAGGCAGAAGCUCCUUUAGCAGGACAAGGUGCUUUAGGAUCAAUGAGGGAACAGACGCAGCACAGCUCAUCCAGGAAAACUAUAUCCUUUUUUUUUUACUUGAUGCCAUUGCCUCAGAAGAGAGGGAAAAGGCUAACUAAGGUCAAAAUGGUGARCAUGAUGCAACUCAAUGGCCUUUCCUUGUUGCAUUACAGUAAAACCCCAACUAUCCCACUAGAUUUAUAUCUUGACUCGAUGCUGAGACUACUSCUGACCCAUUCACCAUUUUCUGUGUCCUAUCUGAAUGAGCUCGGACUUGCAACAAGAAAAGCCUCCCGAGAGGUUUGUGUAUUCCUGCAAGGCAACAGAUUGAUUUCAGAGUGCCAUUAAAUCCAGGGAUCUACUUGUUGUGCACCUCUGCUUAUCGUCUUUCCCCUCUCAUAUCAUGAGAUAAAAACCACAUCUUGCGAUAUGCUUGGCUGAAUGACAYAUGUUAAACAUCUCUUUUUUUCCCUUCAGUUUUGUUGUUUCRGUACAGGAGUAAAAGAGGCAAAAAUUCUAAAACAAUGGGGCAGAACUGAGCAAGUUUACAAACAUAUGUACCAAUUUUUGUUUUGUAACGAGUGGUGUUUUAAGGUGUCCUGCCAAAUCAAACUAUGAGCAACUGGAAAACCUCAAGAGAUAUUUUCUGCUGUAGAACCUGCUUAUAAGUGAAGUGGUAGUCAGCAAUUUACUCUCUACCCAUGUGGUAGAGGAUAUUACAUUAAGUUCACAAAAUACUAGGAGGAAGGAAAAUAYGUAAAUGGUGCAACUAGGUGACUAAGUAUGAGAUAUUUGCAUGUAAGAGACCUGUGCUUAUGAAUGGAUGAAUUUAAUGGAAUUUGCUUUAAAAAUUAUUUUUUUUUUUAAUUUAGAAAUUGCUGGUCAGGUCCCCUUCAGUUUUUUUUUUUCCCAAAAAAAAGAACAAAACAGUUUUACAGAAAAAAAAUUUCACUUAUUGUUAUGGACAAUAUUAUAUUAGUCAUACUUGCCUUCUGUGAGUGCACUCCUAGUAUUAUAAAARACAUCGGUUUCCCUAAAUACAGAACUUUAUAUUUAAAGUUGGAGGAGGCGUAUCUCCUGUUGUUCAUAGCAAUGAUGACCUCUAAUCUAACUGCCAGUGCACCAAAGCGUAAAUUAAAAAUAAAGGUCUUACUCUGUGUCAGCAGCAGAGGGAAGGAGCUCCCAUCUGAAACUUCUUGCCUGCAGCCAGUGCAGUGAAAUGCAUGGAGAUGCCAUCACAGACAGUGCCACUGUAGG